GCUGUCAGUGGAGCGAACAGAGCAGGUACAACAGGCUGCUGGUUUGCACAGAGUGUUCAGAUCAGUGACUGCAUCUCUGCUAGUUUAUGUUGGACAGAGUACAGAUACUCCAAGUACUAGUUUAUGUUGGACAGAGUACAGAUACUCCAAGUACUAGUUUAUGUUGGACAGAGUACAGAUACUCCAAGAAAAACAACACACAAGUUAUGUUUCGUAGUUUUUAAAAUCAUGUGGAGGUUUUGCCAUUGCAUAAGAAACAAGGAUAUCCUUCACUGAUGAUCAAGUAGAUAAGACGCCGAUGCACACAGACCGAGGGCAUCUGGGAUCCAUGGAGUCCAGUCAGCCUGGUUUGUCUUCAGCGGACAGUCAGUGUAGUCUGUCUUCAGACGAGGUGCCUGAGGUCUACAUCGAGCCACACUACAAGGAAUCGUACCGGCUGGCCAUUUACGCUCUGCUGUGUGGAGGCAGAGAGGCCUAUGAGGAGUACGUCCAAGCUGAGAAGAUCAGACACUUUCUGUCAGAGCAGGAGAUUCUCUUCAUCCUGGAAAAAGCAGAGAAACCGGUUGUGGAGGCUGAUUCAGUGAACACGGGCAAGGUGGCGAACCCCUCCACCUACUUCCCACUGGACUCAGACGAGGAAGUGCCUGACCUGGAGCUGGGGUGGCCAGAGGUGGAUCUGAAAGAUGCAGACACCAACAUCAGCCUGCUGUAUCACCCUCCCAGGGAUAACUCACCAACUAUUAAAGAGGUGGUGAGGAAGCAGAUUCAAGUAGCUCGUCAGGUUAUUGCCAUAGCAAUGGAUGUCUUCACUGAUGUGGACAUUUUUAUGGAGAUCAUCGGUGCGGCGCAGAGGGGAGUGGCUGUCUACAUCCUGCUGGAUGAGGCCCAGAUCAAGAGCUUCCUCCACAUGGCUCACGGUCUGAGUGUUAACGUGCAAGACACAAAGAACAUUUGUGUCCGGACAGUUCGGGGGCCUCAGUAUCAGUGUCAAUCAGGGAUGAAGUUUUAUGGCAGUUUGGAACAGAAGUUUUUACUGGUUGACUGCCAGACAGUCAUGUUUGGAACGUACAGCUACACGUGGUCAUUUGAGAAGAUCAACCUGAGUAUGGUCCUGGUGGUCACAGGUUCGCUGGUCUCUUCUUAUGACGUGGACUUCAGAAGUCUUUACGCCCGCUCAGUCAUUCCUUCAGUCUUUACCAAUACUGGCAUUGGUGAGAAACAGGAAAAUACUAUCCUUACAUCGAUAUACCAGCAAAUGUUUUUGAGGCAAAAGGACCUUUACACCAGACAUUCUCUCAAUCACCUUCACCUGAAAUCCAGAGCGAUGCAUGGAGGUGCUCAGCAUGAGGGAGCUAUGUUGAGCCGGGGCGUGAGUAUGCAGGAGAAGCUGCAUCGAUCUCACUUCAAUGACAAAGAGUUCUUAGUGCGAGGCCACAGCUAUGAUGAAGACCUGCAGAAGUUAAAAUCGUUGACUCGAAUGAAGAUGGGAACCAGGGGCCUUGGAGUUUCUGCUUCUCCUGAGAGGGUGGGCUCCUUGCAAUGGGAUGGCAGCAAGCAGACCAGACAGGAGCAAACUAACAGGUUGUCUCAGCACCAUCUUAGGCACCAGACUCGCUAUGGUGCAGACCAGAAUCUAAUUCCAUUCAACUCGGAAACAUCCCUUCACAAGUGGAAGAUUGAUGCAUACAUGAAUGAGAACGGCAUGUCUCCAGAUGCACCAGGUGAUGCAUCAUCUCCUGAGAAAUAUUCACAAAGCAGACACAGAGGCCUAAACGAAUAUCAGACACAAAUGAUUCGCAGAAGGUCAAAGGAAAUUAAGUUUAAAAUUGAAGAAAUGAGGCAAAAGAGAUACAGUCUACAGGAUUGUGCCAAUCUCAGGCAAAGCCGAGAGUCCUUGAGGUCUGUGCGCUCAGAAAGAAUAAAACACAUGUCUUCAACGAAAGGUCUUGAAAUGAAGCAGACAGUGGAAGAGUUGGAUCCAAAUAUGCGAAACAGGAACAACCUGCAAAGCAGUGAGCACAAGAAAGCAGAGGGUGAGAUGCGACAAGUUUUCACUGGUGGCCAACGCUCUUACUCUCACUACGAUAUCAAAACUGUUGCAGAUCAAGAAACUGAGCAGGAGCAAGCUCGCUGUAGGACCAAAUCAGACGCUGGUUUAGACGUGAGACGACCUGAUUUCAAGUUCUCUCAUUUACACUCCAGUGGUGUUCAGCAUUCCAGGAUGAUGGAGUCUUUGACUGAGAUCCCCGAAGAAAAGGAAUUAUCAAAUACUCAUGUAAAUAAUGUAGCCUCGGUACAUUCAGUGCUUGCGGCAGAUGAAAAGGAAGUUUCCAGAAAACAGAAGUCACUCCAAAGAAGGGUUUCAGCAACAUCCCAGAAUACCUCAGAUCUAGACAAAGCACUCAAAACAGACACUUUACAGGACUCUACUGUAAAGCAAGCACCAGGAACCUCCAGAUCACAGAACUCUCCUAAUGGACCUUCAGAGACAGAUCAUCAUAAGUCUCCAUUUUCAAGACUGUCUCCUCAGCAUUUGAGCAAAAGAAAGACGACUCUUUCAGCGGAGCAGGACCAAAACGUUAACACUCUGAGUUAUGAAGGAGCUGCGGUGUCUCAAACCAAGAAGGAACGACCUAUCCAUCGAUACGAGAGCAAACUUAGAAAGGAUGUGCUGCGUGUGGAGAAGUCAGACAAGGUGCCAAGUACUUUAGACAAACCAAAGAGUUUCUCGUUGAACAGGAAGGACAAUGGUUAUCAAAUGUAUCACACCCAAGCUGGUGCUGACAACAAACUGGGGCGAUUUAUGCAGCGAGUAGGAAAUUUGAUCAACAAAAACAAGUAAA